CAGUUUUACAUAAAAUGACAUGUUUUGCUUCAAAAUGUAUAUUGUAUUAUUUUUAACAUGAGAUUCCUGUGAAUUUUUAACUAAUUUUCUCCCUAAAUUGCCUUUAUAGACUCUUAGUGGAUUUUGUACAAUCGGAUAUACUUUAUUAUGAAAUAAAUAUACAUUCGUUCGGUGAACUUUCGUCUGAAAUCAAGUGAUAUGGAUGCAUCCAAAAUUACAAGUAAAACUAGCUCUCUGAAGGCUCUUAUAUUGAAAGCGUGGCGUGAAAGAUGGACCGAUAUACAGUGGGGCAUCAACAUCAAGACCAUUCUACCCAGAGGCGUAAGUGGAGAUUUAUAUAACCUAGCCGAUUGUAUACUCCAACAAGCCAUGGUAGGUUGUGGAGCUAACCAGCUAGUCAUUUCAUAUUUAAAGCACUCUUUGGCUUCCCAUUUGGUCUCCUAUGCAGCUGUGUUGCAGAGAAUAGCAAAAUUCGACGCUUUUCAUAAACCACACUGUAUUUUAAGUCUACUGGAGUUUCUAGAAGGUUUUCUCGAUAGCAUAACAUGCCGCAGCAAGAUGGAAGAAGAAAUACUCACUUUUGCAGUCUCAUCUAUAAUUCUGUGGCUGCUCCAGGUAUACCAUUAUUCGCUAAGCAAAUAUCCAUCCUCAAAUCCAAUACAGAGUCAGGAACUUUUGGAAAAGUCUACAUCACUUCUUAACUCUAUAGUUCAUUCAGAUUUUCUACUUGCUAUGUUUUAUUUAGCUAAGCAACAUGACCAAGAUGAGUAUAGUGAGGUCACAAAGAAAUGUCAAGAGAUCACAGCAUUUAUGAUGAUGAACACACAGUUUAAAGCUCCGGUGACUAUUCAUGAUACAUUGCAAAAGAUCUGCAAUAUGGAUAUUGAUAAAGUAGCUCCGUUAAAUAAUAAGCCCGAGACAGUUACUCAUUGUUUACAAGCUUUGAUAGCUGUGACUGUUUUGGCCAACCCUAGUGCUGAGUUGCACCAACUGUCAAGCCAAUUGAUAAUGAUACAAAGGAUUAAGAGUUACUCACUAUCCAGACUUUAUAGUGAAGUAAUUCGAGCUUGUUUCAUAUCUCUAAAUGAUGCGAGUAAGGAUGCAUCCAAGCAAGCAUUAUGGGCUGCGUUUACAUUUCUCAAAUUACCACAGCUUAUAAAUUACAUUCACAACAUGUGUGGUACAAUGAAUAAAGAUGGAGAGUACUCAGUGGAAGUUGUUGAAGCAUUUGAAAAACUUUUACAAUCAACUCCUUUGCUUGAUAUAGUUGAUGCAAAGAACUCAUGUAACAGUAUUGUAUCUCUUUUAGAACCUCUGGUUAAGUUGAAUGUUGUAUCAGAAACCCACUUUUCUUAUUUCAAGCAGAAAAGAGAGAGUAAGGAUAUUAAACUACAAAAGUUAGAACCAACAGGUUUGCAAGGGUCUGUACCAUCAUUCAUAACCCGGGCAGAACCUACCUUGGCAGGAAUUCUCAAAACAAUGGGAGGAGAUUCUCAUAAAACCCAGGAAUCCCUAUAUGCAAUGCUUUGUCAAAUUGUUGGUGGUACCACAUUAGAUACAAUUUUAGCUGUAGCCACAGUUGAAGGAAAGUUAAAACUGUUUGUAUCAAGAUUGAUAAAGUUUAAUGAGUUUGCUCUAAUAGCUGCCAGUGAGAAGGGUGCAUCUCAGUCUAAAGUUUACAUAUUUGACAUUUCAUUUUUGAUACUUUGCUCUAUUGUACAAGAUUAUGGAGCGGAUGCAGUGCUGGAUGAAAAUGGGGACUCCUUUUUUGAGCAGUGGGUAAGAGAGUGUAUGGCACAAAAAGGUGUCCACAAAUCACCAGACCAAAUUUUGCAAAAAUGUGACAUGCAAUUAGUAGAUAUUUUUAUUCACCAUCUUAGUGCUCCUGACUUUGAUUUCAAGAAUACUAAUUUAAAACCACAUGAUCUGUGUGUGAAUGUUAGUGGUGUUGUGAAAGAAAUCUUAUUUGCUUGGGAACAAGGCUCAAUUUCUGCUGCUGAUGUUAAACGCAUGUUGGACUCUUUGAGGCAAAAGAUGGCAUCAUUGGCAGUGUGUGCCUCAGUCUGGCUCUGUUCCUACAUCAACGUAGUACAUCAAGAUGCCUUUUUAAAGCCAUUGAAUAUGGUUCAGCAGUUUUUGACACCACCAACAGAUGUUGAAAUGGCACAAAUUGAUAAUUUCAAGGAGAGAGCCGUUUUAAUGAGCCAGAUAAUUCGAAAGAUGCAGUUUGAUAUUCAGCCUCCAUCAAUAACUAAAUCUAAGAUUAUGCCUUUUUCUCACAGUAUCAUAUCCAGGCAACCGAUACUAGAACAGUUGCAAAAUGUGUGGGAGGAUAUUAAAACUAGAGGAUACUUACACAUUGAUGCUACAGUCAUAGUUGAGAGCCUUCUCAAUACAGCAGGCCCAGUGUGGUUUGUGACUAAUUUAGUUAAAGAAACCCUCAAAUUCCGCUAUCAGGAUGAUUUAGAUAGAUCUGUAGAUAUUGUCUUGGCAAUGUUCUACUUUGAUAUAGAAAAGUGUACUGAAGCUCUUUUGCUUCAUGUCCUUCCACAGUAUCUUUAUAAUGCUAAGUUAUGUGAGGACUUAGUGGAACCACAAUCAGCUAUUCUGGCAAAACUCUCUGUAUAUUGCAUAUAUGCAGCUCUUGAAAACAGUAUGUCAAAUAGAGUUCAUCCAUCUAGAAAACGUCGGCAUGAUGAUUCGGAAGAUAUAGAAAUGAGUGCUUCAAGUAAAUUAAGGAGACUGAAUGAUAAUUCAUCUGAUACAACUAUGUAUUAUUCUCAAGGACUGAGUUCUAGUAUGAUAAUAAAGGAACCUCUCCAGUCAUCUUUAGAGAUGCUGUACAAAUCAUUUUUACAAUUAGCAGGAAAGAAUGGUGAAGUUACACCGCAGACCCAAUUUAUAUUUGAAUUUCUUCUGUAUGCUGUCCAGUGUGGCCAAGAGAGAGCACAAGUGAUAUUACAGAAGAUGCCCAGCGAAAUUGUAUCCACGUUAAUUAAGGCACUUCCUGAUAAUUUUAAUAUUGGACUUAUAUUAAGACUGUAUGAUUUAUCUACUCCGUAUGGUAGGAAAGAUACUGCUAGAGAUCUUUGUUUGUUAAGAAAUAUGCGGCUUAGGCCUGAGUAAAUAAGUGUAAUGUUAGAAGUAAUUAUGAUUUUAUUAAUACAUAUUUUAAAGGAAA